AUGACCAGAGCUAACCCGGGAGAAUUUUAUCAAAUUAACCCGGAAGUUGAAAGGAAUUUGCGUAAGCUGCGGAGAAGAUUGAAAUUUGGGUGUUCUACUGAGGGAACACUUCCUACAUCUGAAGUCAUACCACCUUCAUUAUCUCCAGUCACAAACAUAUCAUCCAAUCCUUUACCUGAUCCUAACCCAAAUAAUAUGGCACAAAGAACCAUCAGACAGUUAGCCACCUCCCACAAUACAGCUAUCCGAAGUAACAUUGAAUACCCUAAUGAGGAGUGGGAGUUGAGACCUGACCUGUUAAAUGCCUUACCAAAGUUCAAUGGGUUAUCAAGGGAGAAUCCACACAAGCACUUGAGACAAUUUCACAUGUUGUGUGAAAACUUUAGAUCUCCCAGGAUCACAAUAGAGAGCCUUAAAAUGAGAGCUUUUCCUUUUACUCUUCAAGGCGCAGCUCAAGAUUGGUGGUAUUAUCUCUCUGCACGGAUUACAAAUUGGGAAACUAUUGAAAGACUCUUUCUUGAGAAGUAUUUUCCUGCAUCCAGAUUAUCAGCUAUCCGCAGAGAAAUUCAAGAUAUAAGACAGAGAGAUAGAGAGAAUCUUAGUGAAUAUUGGGAAAGAUUCAAGAAAUUAUGUUCUUCAUGCCCUCAACUCCAAAUGGAAGAUUUUAUUCUAAGCUUUUAUGAAGGCUUAAGUCCUACUGAUAGGUCAUGGGCAGAUGCUGCAAGCGGAGGAUCUUUCUUAGACAGGUCACCAGAAGAUGGUAUAGAUCUAAUAGAACGGAAGGCAGUAGACAAUCAACAGUAUGGCACAAGAGAAAAUUCAGUGACUUUGUUGAAGGGAGUGCAUGAAAUUGAUAAUGGUGCAGUUGAUGGAAAGAGGAUAGAUGAAAGACUGAAUAAGCUAGAAAGCAAACUUGACGAGAUUGCAAGUUUGUUUAAAACCUCAACUCCACAAAUUGCUAAGAAGUGUGGAAUUUGCAUUUCAACUAACCAUUAUACUGAUGAAUGUCCUAGCUUGGUGGAAACCACUGUGGAAAACUCAUCUCAAGCUUUUGCUGCAAACAUGAUUGGAGGAAAUAGACCAUACCAGAAUUAUCAUGACUCAUCCUCCAAUAGGUAUCAACAGAAUAAACAACCUUAUGUUCCACCUCAACAAAGGCAGCAACCUCAACCUGAAAUGUCACUACAAGAUUUCAUGAAAACAAUACUUGAGCAAAAUUCAGAAAUCAAGAAAUCAAUUGUAGAGUUGACUCAGAGGGUGGAAAAAUUAGAGGCUAAGGAAUCAAACAAACUGCCUGCACAAACAGUGAUCAACCCGCAAAAUGUAAGUGCUAUUACUUUGAGAACGGGUAAGCAAGUAGAAAGCCCUGAAGGAGCCCAAGAGGAUGAAGAUAAGGAGAAAGAAGGAGCGCAAAUUGAUGACAAUGGAGGACCGAGUGAACCAUCACCUGAGACUACCACUGAUAAAUCCAGGUUAGUAUCUUCUAACUCUUCUUCUAAAACUUCUUCUUCUUAUUCUCCACCUCCUCCAUAUCCAAAUCGGUUGAAGCCGAGAAACAAAAAAAUGGAGGAAUUAGACCAAGAGAUUUUAAAUAUUUUCAAAAAGGUGGAGAUCAAUAUUCCUUUGCUAGAUGCUGUUAAGCAAAUUCCUAAAUAUGCCAAGUUUUUGAAAGAAAUUUGCACAAAUAGAAGGCGUUUUAGGGAUAAUGAGGUUGUGAAUUUGGGAAGAAAUGUGUCAAGUUUGAUUAAGAAGCAUAUUGAAAUACCGCGAAAAUGCAAGGAUCCAGGUAUGUUUUCUGUUCCAUGUGUUAUUGGAAAUUCAAAGUUUGACAAUGCCAUGCUAGAUUUAGGGGCUUCCAUAAAUGUAAUGCCUUUAUCAGUGUUUACUUCUCUAUCUUUGGGACCUCUUAAGACUACUGGUGUGGUCAUUCAACUGGCCAACCGUAGCACAGUUAACCCUGCAGGUGUGCUUGAGGACGUUCUUGUCCGAGUAGACAAGUUAAUUUUUCCUGCAGAUUUCUAUAUCUUGGACAUGAAGGAUGAUGAGGGAAUCAGUCCAACAACUAUUAUCUUGGGAAGACCUUUCAUGAUGACAGCACGAACCAAGAUAGAUGUGCAUGCAGGAUCACUGACAAUGGAGAUAGGAGACGAGAAGGUGCGGUUCAACGUGUUGGAAGCUGGGAAGCACCAGAUUAAAGAUCAUUCUUUGUUUUGUAUUGAUUUAUCAAGUGAUGUUGUAAACAAUUUUUCUUUUUCAAAUAUGUCGUCCCUAAUUUUGGACGAAAAAGGAAACUGUAAAGCAGGUGAUAUUGAGGACGCGGUAUUAAUAGAUGAUACCUUUGUGGCGUCCGAGUGUGAUGUUAAGGUGGCCGAGAAUACCUUAGGCAGUAAGAUGUUGCCAUCUGUGGUACAGCCACCCGUUUUGGAGAAGGAUGCUAAACCAGUGAGACAACCUCAAGGAAGACUAAAUCCUCAACUGAUGGGGGUUGUAAAGAAAAAGGACACCAAGUUGCUACAAACAGGUCUUAAAUAUUCAAAUUCUGACAGCACUUGGGUGGACCUUAUACAUGUGGUUCCCAAGAAAUAUGGAAUCACAAUGGUCAAGAACCAGAAGGACAAGUUGACUCCUAUUCAAGACAGAGGUGGGUCACAUAAUGUAGUAGUUGACCAUCUUAGUAGGAUUGAAAAAGGAAAAGAUAACAUUCCUAUCCAGGAUGACUUUUCCAAUGAAGUCCUACUAGCAUUCCUUCCACCAUGA